GUUGCACAACCGGUGACGUCGACCGGCAGUCGUUUCCGUCCGGAACUGCUAAUUGCGCGUUUGUCGACGUUACUGUACAGUGCAGCAAGUCUUGAGCCACGACAACAAUGUCCGUCGAAAUGCAUCGAUUCAAGGACUCUCAAAGUCCUCCCGACUACCAGUACCACGGGAUCGGCGUCACCAGCGAAACCAACCCAUUGGCUGCACCGGCGUGGACUCCAACGAUCCAGCAUCAACAAAACGAGCAAUCCUAUCUCAUCAAGCCGCGACCAUAUUCUCCUCUGGACAAACGUCUGAGGACUUCCCAAGUCCUACUCUACGUCGUCUCAUUUAUCGAGUUGUUGACCACGUGUGCAGCUGGCUGCGUGCUCGCCUACCACGUCAACGACUCGGACAGCUUCCAUCCAGCCGUCAUAGCCACUAUGGUACAUGACACAGCCGUGCUGUUGUGCGCCGCUGUCGGUCUGAUGGCUGCAAGCGGAAGGUCUCGAGUCGUCAUGGCUGCACUCGUCGUCCUGGCUGUGGGUACGAUGGCCCAGGGUUGCAUCCUGGUCGACUUUUUCAGGAAACGGUGUGUGACAUUUGGUACGUCGGUUAUUUGCUAUCCGUCACAGGAAUACUACAGCCUUGCAAACUAUCAGGCUUUGCUUGCCAAUUUGGGAAUCAACGUAGCGUUGACUAUCGCGACUGCUGGAUCAUCGAUUGUCAUGCUUGUUAUGUCGGUUGUGACGAAGGAUAUCACACCAUAGACUAAGAGAGCAUGCAAUGACAAAGGCAAUCUGCUAGCUGUACUGUACAAGUGUCUGCUACUAAACACGCGAACUCUACAUGAAUAGACUUUCUUAGGACACACUCAAUUAUUUUUAAAAUUUCUAUUGUAGUUUCUGUAUUAAAAAUGUUGCAUCUGGA